CUCUUGUGUUAUUGGCUCAUUCUCCAUCUCUCUCUCUCUGUCUAGAAAUCGCUCUUUCUCUCUCUCUAGUUUCUGGUUAAAUCUUUGUUCUUCUAUCUAUGCUCUAUCUAGUUAUAGUUAUCUAAUCUAUCUUUUUAGUCAUCUACAAUUCAUGGCUCCCAUCACUUGUCUCUAAAACAUACUUACUCUCCCCCUCUCACUCCCUCUCUUUCUAUCUCUAGAUAUCCCCAUCGUAUAUAACCCAUAUCAGUUACCUGAAAAUAUACAAACCAUCCUGACAAAUCUCUUAUCUAUUUGUCUAUCAUUUGUAAUCUCCUGUUAUAUCUCUUCGAGCAGGUCUGUCUUAGAUACCUCUAGCUAUCUUGUUUCUGACACUUUAUUACUGAAAACUGAUCAUAUCAUCAUUAGAUACUUCGUAUAUACCCACCUUUUCAAUUGCAUUUAAAGAUCAUCAUCAUGUCAAGCAGAAGAUCACGUUCGUCCAGACAGUCAUCAGGUGUUUCCAGGAUCAGCGAGGAUCAAAUCAAUGAUCUCGUUAUCAGGUUACAACAGCUUCUUCCUGAGCUUCGUAACACUAACAACAGAACCUCAGACAAGGUAUCGGCUUCUAGGGUUUUACAAGAGACAUGCAACUAUAUCAAAAGCUUACACAGAGAAGUUGACGAUCUUAGCGAGCGUGUAACAGAGUUAUUGUCAACCUCAGAUACUAGCAAUGCUCAAGCAGCUAUAAUUAGGAGCCUUCUUAUGUAAUCAACACAUAAUAUAAAACUCUAUUUUGUUACUUCUUUGUUAACUUCUUGUUUUCAACUGUUUCUUCUUAGUUAGGUUUUUUGUAUCUUUAGAUACGAACUGAGAAGGUUGAAUUAUUGGAUUCCAA